GCCAAUAGAGGAGCAGGCGGCAAGUCCGGCUCUGGCAGGGUGUGUGAGGGAGCGGCCGCUGCCGCAGUCGCCUCUCGUUCGUCCUGUAGCUCGCUUCGGCUGGGCUCGGCCUGCCCCGCCGGUAACGCUGCCGUUCUCUCAGCAGAGCUACAACUGACUGUUUGCCGUUGCUGUAGUGUAAUGUCUAUUAGGAGCCAGCAGCGUUGGAAUGAGGCUGCUUCUUGGUGUCCUUAACCUAUACAAGAUCCCAGCUGCAGUGGGCUUGUGGGACAAAAGAUUUCUGUGUGACAAAUAGAUCUCAAGCCUGCAUUUGAGGAAGACAGCUGUUCAGCUGUUGCGGUUAGAAGUACCACCUUAAUUAACAUCCUGGAAGCUCGGACUGAAGCGCAAGCACAACCUGUAAGGAAGAGACAAGUACUAACUGUCUCUGAAAAUGGCAGAAGCUCAUCAAGCCGUAGCUUUUCAAUUUACAGUAACUCCAGAUGGGAUUGACCUGCGGAUGAGCCAUGAGGCGCUCAAACAAAUUUACUUAUCUGGUGUCCACUCAUGGAAGAAAAAGUUCAUCAGAUUCAAGAAUGGAAUUAUCACUGGCGUUUAUCCUGCUAGCCCAUCUAGCUGGCUUAUUGUAGUUGUGGGUGUGAUGUCAACAAUGUAUGCCAAAAUUGAUCCUUCUUUAGGAAUAAUAGCUAAAAUCAACAGAACACUUGAUACAACUGGCUACAUGUCAAACCAAACACAGAACAUCGUGAGUGGAAUCCUUUUUGGCACAGGGCUUUGGGUAGCCCUUAUUGUCACAAUGCGCUACUCUCUAAAAAUGCUGCUUUCCUAUCAUGGUUGGAUGUUCGCUGAGCAUGGCAAACUUUCUGCAGGCACAAAGUUUUGGAUGACACUUGUGAAACUCUUUUCAGGACGUAAACCCAUGUUAUACAGUUUCCAGACAUCUUUACCACGAUUGCCAGUUCCAGCGGUUAAAGACACAAUCAAUAGGUAUCUGGAAUCAGUUCGACCUCUUAUGGAUGAUGAAGAGUUCAGAAGAAUGGAAGGUCUUGCCAAAGAUUUUGCAUUUAAUUUGGGACCAAGGCUUCAGUGGUAUUUGAAGCUAAAAUCCUGGUGGGCCACAAACUACGUUAGUGAUUGGUGGGAAGAAUAUAUCUACCUUAGAGGACGUGGACCAAUUAUGGUUAAUAGUAACUAUUUUGCAAUGGACUUCCUUUAUUUAUCUCCCACAACCCUGCAGGCAGCUAGAGCUGGUAAUGUUAUCCAUGCCAUCCUGCUCUAUCGGAAAAAACUGGACAGACAAGAAAUCAAGCCAAUUCUUCUGAUGGGAUCCACUGUCCCUCUCUGCUCAGCUCAGUGGGAGCGGAUGUUUAAUACCUCCCGUAUCCCAGGAGAGGAAUCAGAUACUCUUCAGCAUGUGAAAGACAGCAAACACAUUGUUGUGUAUCAUAAGGGCCGUUACUUCAAAGUGUGGCUGUACCAUGAUGGUAGACUGUUGAAACCCCGAGAAAUUGAACAGCAGAUGCAAAGAAUUCUUGACGAUGAUUCAGAGCCUCAGGCUGGUGAAGAGAAACUAGCAGCUCUUACUGCAGGGGAUAGAGUACCAUGGGCUAAAGCUCGACAGGCUUAUUUUAGCCGUGGAAAGAACAAACAGUCCUUAGAUGCUGUUGAAAAAGCAGCAUUUUUUGUGACCUUGGAUGACAUCGAGCAAGGGUACAGGAAAGAAGAUCCAGUGGGGUCACUGGAUACAUAUGGAAAAUCCUUAAUGCAUGGCAGAUGCUAUGACAGGUGGUUUGAUAAAACAUUUACUCUUAUAGUAUUCAAAAAUGGCAGAACGGGUCUGAAUGCAGAGCACUCUUGGGCAGAUGCUCCUAUUGUUGGACACCUGUGGGAGAAUGCAAUGGCAACUGAGUAUCUUGAGCUGGGCUAUUCAGAAGAUGGGCAUUGCAAAGGAGAUACCAAUCAAAAUAUUCCUAUUCCUACCAAACUACAGUGGGAAAUUCCAGAAGAAUGUCAAGAAGUGAUUGAGAGGUCUCUGAGCACUGCUGUAGCUCUUGCAGAUGAUGUGGACUUCAAUUCAUUUUCCUUUGAUGCUUUUGGGAAGGGACUAAUAAAGAAAGCAAAAACCAGCCCUGAUGCCUUUGUGCAGCUUGCCCUGCAGCUUGCUCACUACCGGGACAUGGGAAAAUUUUCUUUAACAUAUGAAGCCUCUAUGACACGCUUGUUCAGAGAAGGCAGGACUGAAACCGUUCGCUCAUGUACUGUUGAGUCAUGUAAUUUUGUUCGAGCCAUGGAAGACCCAACUGAAAGUAACGAAAAGAAACUUAAGUUCUUUCGGGUUGCUGCUACCAAACAUCAGCACUUAUAUCGUCUCGCCAUGACUGGUGCUGGCAUUGACCGCCAUCUGUUCUGCCUUUAUGUUGUGUCCAAGUACCUUGCUGUGGAUUCUCCUUUCCUUAAGGAAGUUUUGUCAGAGCCUUGGAGGCUGUCAACGAGUCAGACACCACAGCAACACAUUGAUCUAAAGAAGAACCCUGAGAUGUUAUCCUGUGGGGGAGGAUUUGGACCGGUGGCUGAUGAUGGUUAUGGUGUUUCUUAUAUUAUCUUGGAUGAAAAUUCUAUCCAUUUUCAUGUCUCCAGCAAAAUAUCUUGUUCUGAGACGGAUUCUCAUCGGUUUGGAAAAAACAUCCGAAAAGCAAUGGUUGACAUCAUGGAUUUAUUUAACCUUAGUAAAAACUGUACCAAGUGAUUUGCCUUACUGGUGCCAAACAAUCUCCUGCUGUUGGGAUGAAAACACGUCUAAACAGUGAAUGAGAGCAAGGUUUGUCAAACAGUAGCUGGCGAAGAAACUGAAUCACCAUCAUCUUGAUCACCUAUGAAAACCUUAGCAGUGUAUCGAAUGUUUCAUUAUUUUUUUUCAAUAGUUUUCAAAAGUCAUCCUUUGUGGAAAUAAACUCUUCCAGUCUUGUAUGUUUCUAGGGAUGAAGUAUAGUAUCAUUGCAUGAAGUCAUGUAUAUUCUAACUCCUGCAGUUUUCUCUUAAUUUGUAUACACUUGCUCUUUUUUUAAUUAAAAAUAGUCUACUUGUAUUCCAGAAUCAAAGGGAUAAAACACACUGUCUUAAACUCAAAUACUAGGAAAAGUUUGAUUUGCUAUGUAUUAACAGAAGAAUGUUCUUCAAUGUAUCUGCUGCUCUAUGUCAAUGAAUGACAAAACUUGUGGCUGUUUACCAUCAUUGUUUAUUGGGCUUGGUUUUUUUUUAAAGGUAACUUCUGUAAAAAGUAAAAAAAAAAAAAAAAUCCCUGCUGUAACCCACUGUAACAUACCGAGUUGUAGAAAUUUUUUGGGUUUGGAAAAAAAAACAUUGGGUAGGGCUAUAUUGGGCAGUAAAAUGUGUCACCUAAUUAGCAGGUAUCAUAUUUUUCUUAUUACUUCAAGCAUAUUUGCCACACUAUUGAUUUUAUUUCCAUAUAAAUAAAUGGACCUCUGCUUGUUCAUGUGAGUGCCUUAGAAAAAGAAAGAUCCUAAGCCCAGGAAAAAAGCUUACAUUGGGGGCUGGUUUUACAUUGCCUUAGUGGUAAAGGAGGUGAAGUAGUAGUAAUGCAGAUCUAGUUUUCAAAUUGUAAGUUGGGUUGGUGUGGCAUAAGUAGGCUUGAAUAUGUUGCCUUAUGGUGCAGUUAGGUUUAAAGCUCUAAUGAAAUGUUCCCAUGUUAAAUGGCAAAGAUCAGUCACUAUGAAAUGCAGGAGUAACUUUGUUUCAGAGCUUACAGAUACUUGUGUUUAUUUUGUUGAAUGGUGUUGGUGGUCAUUUGAGGUAAGAGUUUUUGGGUCCCAGGGAAUGUCAGUUUAGUUAAACGCAACCUGUUGGCUAGUCUACGAAGCAAGGCUGCCUGUAGAGGCUGAUCAGUUGCAGUUUGCCUGCUUUCAGCCAGGAAGGACCACUCCUACAUUGCCAACCAUCUGCAUGAGAAGGACAAACUGUUAAAGCUGUGGAAAAUAACUCCAGAAUGGAAGAAUCCUGGCCUUCUCAAACCCCUCCCAGGAAAUGAUCUUGGUCGAGCAUGGUUUCUGAAGGAUACAAGGUGGGAGGGGAAAGCUAUUUCACUCAGAAAGGAGCAUAAUGUUUCCAAGUGCAGAAAUAAAAUGGCUACUGGAAUAUGGAGUAACUGUGCGUGAUACUUUUCUUCCCCAGGCUUUAUAGGUGCGGUUCCUUUUUACAUCCUGCAGUGCAGUAAAAUGUCACUAUUAGCCCAACAGUUUUUUGUUUUGGUUUGUUGUUUUGUUUUGUUUUGUUUUUUAAAUGUAAGGUACAUGGUGUUUAGUAAUACAGUGAAUGCUGCUCCAGAGCUAUGCUGAUUUUAAAAGGCCUUUGGGGUUGGUAUAAAACUUAUUAGACUUUGAAUGUUUUCUGGCCAGUAUUUCUAACUUUCUAUGGCUUUUAAUAGUUUUGGGUUUGGGUUUUUUCCUUCCUCUGAUCUAGCUAUUAAAACACAUACGUAUGUUUGAGGUGGGAAACCUCAAAGAUCACAGAUGUAUAUGUAAGCAAAUGUAUGCUUACGUAAAUGUAGGAACGCUCACAGGAAUUGGCCAAAGACACUCAUUAUUUGAUUAGGUGCAGAGUGUGGGAAAGGAUGCUUUGAAAUAAGCCUUACUGUGGCUGGUAGGCCUGGCAUUUAUCAAACUACUACAACAAUUUUAUAGUGAUCGAUUCCUUUGGAGCUGCAGAAAUAAUGCACUGGUUUUUUGUUUCUUUGUUUUUUUAAUUGACCACUGACCAAUCUGUGCUUAAAUUAACAUUAGGGCAUAUUAGCUUGUUGGGUUUUCUUUUAAAAAAAAAGUUUAGAUUUUACUCUCAGGUUUUAAAUGUUUCAAGUCUAAUUGUCAUUAGUGCAGUUAUCAAUGCAAUUUUACAUUCUUAGAGACUAAGUAUAAUUGGCACAGAAAACUGUCUUUUAUUGUAAAUUUUUUAAACAUUUUGUGGUGUUAAAUGUGGGGUUUUUUUAAUUUGGGAUAGAUCAUAAUUCUAAACAGAAAAUAUUUUAUUUCAUUUUCUUUAAAAUGUCAACAGCAUGUAAAUAAAAUGUGCUUUUUGGAUGUAAAUCUUAGAAAUCCACAGUGAAUGUAGGUUAUUAAUAAUUAAUUUAAAUCUUGAUGUUCAAUAUUGUGUACAUACAGUAAAACUGCUUGCUUUUUUGCUCAAAAGCCAUAGGAAUGUAACUGAAAUUACCUAGAUUUGAAUGAACCUUUUAGUACAGUGUACUUUAUUAUAAAGUUAAAUGUUCAUAUUAGAGAAAAAAACUAUCAAUUUGUUACUAAAACCUUGAAUUACUUAAUUACUGAUUUAAGAGCUCAAAAUUAGGGUUGAGUUAGGUGGUAAAGGUCAGGUUGGAUGGUAAUAAAUUGACCUGCUUAUUAAAUAGCAGUGUGGAAUUGGUGGAAUAGCAUGAAUGUGCAUUUUCCAAAUUUCUUAUUUCAGCUAUUUCAUGCCAGAAAUUGGGAGAGCAUUAAGUGCAUUUAGAGGCUACUAUUGUCUAGGAUUAACACCAUUCCAAACUAAGUAUUCUUUUAAAGCUUGGGGUUUUUGAGGGACUGAAGAAGUGUGUGCCUGACAUUGAAAAUCAUGGUUCUAAUGCAGCCUUUGUACGAAUUGUUUUCUCAUACAAAAUAUAUCCAUUUAAGCUAUUUUUUAAAUCUUGUUCAGUUACUUUACAUCUAUGGUUGGUUAUUUACACCCAACAUUUUGUCUCUUUUUUCUACCCUCUUCUGUGACUUCAAAAAUAAAAUAAAACUUCAAAAUUA